CUCCAGCUCUCGAGGGCGCGCGCCGCAGGCGGCUGCGACGCCCGCGCGCGGGGUGCGCGCUUCGACGGAAGCGCUCGGCAGGGCCCUCCUCCCCUCGAGGUGGCUCCGCUUUCCGUCCGGCGCCUGGUCCCCUGGCCAUGCGCCUCUCCGCAGCGCUCGCAGUGCUUCGUGUCGCAUGGGGCACACCGGCGGAGCCUCACUGGUUCGAUCAGCUGGUGGACCACUUCUCGCCCAGCAGCUCCACCUACCGCCAGCGGUGCCCUGCCACUCCCCCCGCGCCGCCCCUACCACUCGACAAGCACACUCUCUCCUUGAUCAAGCUUGCCAGUAGAGUACACUGCUGAUUGCAGGUUUGUUGGUUGUUUCCCAUGACCAUGUGUCCAGAUAACCCUGGGUCGCCACACGCCUGAUAUUGUCUUGGCUCACCUUGGCCUGCUCUAGAUUGGGAUCUAACAUGGAGCUGUUCUUGAUUAGUUUCCGCGUGAAAGAGAUCGUCCACUUAUGUACGCUUAGUUUCUACAGGGCUCUGUCACCUCUUCUUCUUGGACCCGCUCCCCUGCGAGUCCUUGGCAUACUCUGAAGAGAGGCCAUGUUGUGGACACACUUGCUUACAUGGUCCUAUGAGAGGCACCUGGCUUUCCAUCAUUCAGCGUGUCCCUCGUAGUUCGAUAGCCACCUGGGGACGUCAGGUACUACGCCAACUACACCCACUUCAAAGGUCCCGGCAGCCCGAUCUUCGUCAUACUGGGCGGCGAGGGCGGCAUCCCGCCCGACGUGGGCAUCUUCUACCCCUGGGUUGCGGACGUCGUGGCCGCAGAGUUCGGGGCGGCCGUGCUGGAACCCGAGCACCGCUUCUACGGUGAGUCUCUCCCGGUUGGUCCAGGCCCGUUCUCGUCCGGGCAUUUCCCGCUCAUGAGCUCCCAGCAAGCGCUCGCCGAUGCCGCGUUCUUUAUCCGCGCUGCCCAGCGCAGGCUCAACUGCACCCGGCGCGGCUCUCCAGGGUACUGCCCUGUCCUCACCAUCGGCGGCUCGUACCCAGGCUUCCUCUCGGCGAUGAUGCGGCUGCGCUACCCCGCCGUCGUCGACAUGGCCUACGCCGCGUCCGCGCUGGUAACAUGCGCUUCUACUCGCAGGAGGUCGGGCAGUUCGAGUACUACGCCAGAGUCUCCGCCUCCGCCGAGCGGGCCCUCCCGGGCUGCCCCGCCGCCGUGCGGCGGGCGCUCGAGGAGACCCAGCAGUUCCUGGAGGGAGCCACCGGGCAGGAGCUGGCCCGGCGCUUCCACCUCUGCGCGGCGCCUCCGCGGGGCCUCCGCGGGGGGGACGCCGCCGGGCUCGCCGACGACCUGCUGUUCCUGGCGGAGCAGGCGUUCGCGAACCUCCAUGGCGAACUACCCCCCGGGCAACGGGACCGGGCUCGCGCGGGCGUGCGCCGCCUUCGCCGCCGCGGGGCGCGCGGGCGGGCGCGCGCCCGUGGACGCGGUGCGCGACCUGCUGGCCGGGGCCGCACGGCGCAGCCGCGCGGCCAGGGCGGGCCCCGGGCGGGCGCUGGUCCGUGACGUGCCGCCGGGCCCGCGGCUGGACGAGGAGGCGCCCGGCGGCUGCCUGAACCUCUCGCAGAUGCUGCCGGCUGGCCCCGGGGCCACGGCCCGGUGCGGGGACUGGUCGGGCUGCGGCGCCGGCAGCGACGGGGAGGUGUGGGACCUGCAGACCUGCACCUUCGAGGUGGAGCAGAUCGGUUUCAACUCGACCUCGCAGAUGUUCCCCAGCCGCGCUUGGACCCUCGAAUGGCUGGAGCAGCACUGCGCGCGCCGCUUCGGGGUUCAGCCGCAGCCGCGAGCGCUCGUGGACCUCUGGGGGUUCGACGCGGAGAACCUGAAGGCCCAGGCGUCUCGCAUUCUCUUCACCAAUGGCCUCAAUGACGGCUGGAGUGCCGGAGGCAUCCUCACGAACCUCAGCGAGGCGACCGGCCUCGUCGCGAUCAAUCUGCCGAACGGGGCCCACCACAGCGACCUCUCCCACGCGCACGGCGAGCAGGACACUCCAGACGUCGUGGCGGGGCACGCGCGUGCUGUCGUUGCUCUUCCCCGAACGUCGCGGAAUGGCUCAGGCAGGUCAGGGAGACAGACGCAGAGACCCGCACGAAUGUUGUCUGAGGCAUCACUGCACUGGACGCGCCCCCGCGGAUGCGGCAUUUUCUCGGGGCUGCCCCGCGCGGAACGUACCCGUGUGACCGCGUACCCGCGGGCUCGCGCGCCAGAAUCCAGACCGCUGGUGCGCGGAUACGGAGAUAUUCGCCGCUCCCCAACGCAGUCAGAUGGGAGGACAUUUGUCCUCGCAAGAGACUGCGAAGUAACGUCGCACGAGCCGAGGGUUGACUCGACGUGUCGUUUUGGUGGCGCGUGCAUGUCUCUUGAAUUCACUUCGUCUGCACAGGCUUCGGUCUAGCUCCGAAUGGAGAAACAGGUUCGCCG